AAACGUGUACACUAUACACCGUUACGGCUUUUUCGUUUACGAAUUCAAUACUCUAAUUUACGUUAAUGCAAAAAAAUAAUAUCGUUUGAUAGCGCUAAUUAAGAAUUGAGUCACGUUAUCGCAUCGUAUUUACCUAGCUUUGUUAUAUUUUGCGUCACGUACAUGGUAACAUGCAUGGAUCGGCUGCUAGGCUCGCCUGACUAACUAUCCUAGCGACGUAGCAACACCCGAGCUUACUAUCGUGCUAGUUUCACUCACUGUCAUAACUAGUGACCCCUGGUAUUUUGGACAGAGGGUGUGUUGAAGGGCCGCGCCGGAUGCGGAGCGGUGAUGCAUCGGGGAACAGUAACACCAUAAUUUAUUAUUUGUGGUUUUGUCCGGGGAAAUAAUGCAGGUGUGUCAUUUCCAGCACCUCCUGCGUCAGUUCGACAAGAACGAUCCCGGCCGGUUCCUCGGCGAGGGGGUAUCGUUUCGUGCGAAGCUCAUCGGGGUUCUGGAGGUACCUGAGGCCCGCGGCGACAGGAUGUGCCAGGAAGCGUUGGCGGAUCUAAAGAUGGCGAUCCGAGCCGCCGGCGAGCACAAGCAGAGGAUACAAGUUCACGUGGCCAUAGACGGACUGCGCCUGCGUGACGACAAAACCGGCGACUCUCUGUACCAUCAUCCAGUGCACAAGAUAUCCUUUAUCGCUCAGGACAUGACAGAUUCAAGGGCGUUUGGAUACAUAUUCGGUUCACCGGACACGGGACAUAGAUUUUUCGGGAUCAAGACUGAUAAAGCUGCUAGUCAAGUUGUGAUAGCCAUGAGGGAUUUAUUUCAAGUAGUGUUCGAACUGAAGAAGAAGGAAGUCGAAAUGGCAAAACAGCAAUUGGAAGUUAAGACGAUCAUCAGCAGUCUUUCGAGGCACACGAGUACGUCAGCUUCGGAGAAACUUACAAAAACGAAUUCAUCGGGAGAUGCCAACACGACCGGUUCGAAGACAACCGAAUCAGGUGCCGAAGGUGGUGUCGCUGAACUAGUGGACUUAGAACAAGAACUGAGUUCGUUGAGAAGAGGUCUAACACAAGUAGAAGGCCUAACGCCGUCCACUGACCCGUUCGGAGAUUCCUUCAUAGUAACCUCGCAAAAAGGACUGCUUCCCCCACCGCCAUCGGGGGCUUCCACUCGAGGGCGAAGCACCCCUGCCACCCAGCGCUCCACGUUUAGCCCUAGCAAGACAGCGCCGACCACCCUCCCAUUCGACAUAGUACCGGCUCCUUCGGACUUGGAAACAACACCGGCACCAAUAGUGGACAGUGUUUGUGAGCAACCAGUGAGCCAGGCGGGCACGGGCGCGGCUCAGACUCUCGGUUACGACGUAUUCACGGAACUAGACCCCCUCGGCACCGGCCGGAGUAAACCUUACGUUGACAAAAAGUUUUUCUUUCAGGAUCUCAAAAAUCCCCCAAAGAAAGUACUCAAAGACCUGGUGCCGGUCGCGCAGAGUCUGAUUAGCGAUGCUACGCCGGUUGCCAACGAGUGCAAGGCCGACUACGGUCGGGCGACGACGAUGACGUCACUGUCGCGUCACUCGGGCGGGUCGGUCGCCAUCGCCAAGCCGCAGAACGCAAUGUUCGGGGGGGGCUUUUUCGCGUCUGAUCCGUUCGCGGAAACCGAUCCGUUCGAUAACGCGGAUCCGUUUUCCGAUUCGUUCAAAGAUGAUCCGUUCACGAGUAUGCAGGAGUUCCCCAAAUCUAGCGCGCCGAGAGCCGACGAACCGAAGACCGUGCCGAAAGAUUCGGCGCUAGAGAAAUUGGAACCGAGCUUGGAGGGUGCGAGGAAUGUCUUCAACGGGCCCCUGCAGGUGUCGUUGCCGCCGGAACCCGCUCCUAAAUCGCCAAGACUCCAAAGACAGGGCACAGACACGAGUACAAUAAGACAACGUCCACAGCCUAGUUCUAAAAUGAGCCAGGAGAAUGCUUCUCCUCCUCCUCCCCUCCCUCCCAAGAAGACAGGCGAAGUGCUGGCAGUGCGACCUCCCCCUCGACCGCCGCACGAUACUGAACACGAAGACUCUGACGUCGGACCGCCAUUACCUAAGCCUGCCAGGAAGAAGGAGCCUAUAGCGGAUCGCAAGACGAAGCCGCGGCUGUCGUCCGCCGGCACCAACAGCAGCGAGGACGAGUACCUGACGCCGGCGCCCCCCCCGCUCCCCGCCGCGCGCCGCUUCGACAUCACGCUCGCGCAGCUCCUCACCUGCUCCAUGGACGAACUCGCGCUCAGAUUACGAGUGCCGGCCGCGACGCUAUCGUCCAUGACUCUGCCUCAACUCACUGAAUAUUUGAGGUCGUACUUGGCGGCUGACAACGACCGUGCGCACAUACACGUAGAGCCUUCCACGAAGACCGAAAAGGAGACAUCGAUAUCGAUAAUAUCGCGUAAAUUGGACAGCACUAUUCCGUCAGCGCCGGAAGCGUCUACAGAUUUCAAGCCGCAGUUCGAAGACGACUUCGCUCCCACGACCGAAACGAACGGAACCUUCGUUGCGAACUUCGAUGAUUUCGAUAAAAAGGCGAACCCUUCGUUCGAUCGAUACGCGGUUUUCAGAGAGAUACAAGAGCAAGAACUGAAGGCGAAAUCGAUUUUGGAUCCGAGCGACGGCGAAAUCGAUAACAAGACCGACUCGGACUGCAAAGAGUUGACUGCGAUCAACGACCUCAUCAAAUCGAAGCAAGAUCGUGACGAAACGAAGGAACUGUCCAAAAGUCCUUUGAAGAGCUUGGACGAGCUGACCUUGGACUCGUUUAAUAUGUUCAGGAAGUCGGUCAGCCCGAAACCUUCGCAGAUUGACGCGAAAAUCGAGGACAUAAAAUCGGUGAUGAAGAGUCUGCAGAUCGACAAGACGAGGGGCAGUGUUUCGCCACGUGACAGUAAUGGAACCGUCGAAAUCAAACUAGAAGAUUCCAGUGACAGAUACGCUGCUUUACGCGAAAUAACUAUAACCGAGCCCCCCGACGAGUUUGAGUCCCUCCCUCCAGAAAUACCAAAGGAACGAAAGAAGUCCGAUGAAAAAUCGGACGGCUUCGAUAACUCCGACUUCUUCGACUGCAUCGAUAAUAGUUCUCUCUCGUUCACGCACGUUGAAGACGCGUUCAGGAAGAGCCCGAGCGUGAAAGAGAGGGAAGAGGAAAAGAGAAAUGAGGAUAAGAAGGACGUAGCUGUCGAGUUGACUCCGGUGCGGGAACUGAGGCCUCCGGAGAGGGUCUCGACCGGCUCCAUUAGCGACGUUGUUAGCGGAUCUUCACCCGAUACAAAAGAGAAGUGCGUGGGGGGCGCGGGGCGGUGGGCCGUGCUGCGGGGGGCGGGGGGCUCCGGCGCGUCCUCCGACUCGCGGGAGUCCGAGCCGCGCGUGCGUCGCUCGCACCGCCCGCGACACAGCCCCGCCGCCACCAGGACUGUCGUUGUACAAACUUCGUCGUCGUCAAGAGACGUGUCGCCCUGGGAUGAAGACUUGCCUCCGGUGACCAGACUGCCUAGACCACCUUCACACCAUCGAGACCGAGAUUCGAGACACAACUCAUCCGGUUCGAGGGAAUGCUUAGACUCUGGUAGCGGACGGGAAAAGGAAAAAAUAAGAGAUAAGAGAGACAUGCGCGAACGAGAACGAGAUGGAAGAGAUUCCGCAAGAGAUCGAAGGGAUUCAGGCAGCGGGAGAGACAGGCGUGACAUCAGCAAAGAUCGAGACCACAGGGAGAGGAGAGACAGGAGGAGCAGAGAAAGAGAAAACGACUCUUGGGACAGAGAUAGAAAUUAUAGUCGAGAUUAUAGAGACUCUCGUAGCAGAGAGAGACCGACUAAAGAUUACAGGGAGAAGGAUAGAGACAGGCAUAGGAGACAACGACAUUCUUAUGACGAAGAAGAUGAUUACAGUGACGGGUGCGGUUCCGGCAGAUCGUCGCCCAGAGAACGCUGGCCCGACCAGAGGUGGAGGAGAGACGAAAGAAACUAUGGUUCACUUGGAUGGCGCGAGACGAGACGUCGAGCUGAAAUGAGGCAAACCGAAGAUAAUGACAGGAGAUACGGCUCAACACUCGGGUGGCCCGGACGUCGGUCCACGAACGCGAGGCGGGACAGCGACCGCGAACGCGAGCGGGAGACCAGCCGAGAGUCCAGGGAUUCGCGCGAGUCACGAGACUCCCGGGAGUCCAGAGAGUCGCGUCGGCGACCCCGCAGGGACGAGCCCCGGGCGCGGCCCAGAGACUAUCGAUUCUCGAAUGAUUUCUCGCCCCGGGACCGGGACUCGCCCUUCGAUAACGACUUCCAGGAAACGCCGACUCCGACGACCAAGAAACGGGCGCCUUACGCCAGCCUGGAAGGGACGAGAUUCGUAUUUGAAUCAGAAGACGUGACGGCGUCCCCCGCGUCGGGCAGCAGCGCGCGGGUCCGCGACGGCGACUCGUCCACGACUCGAUUCCGAUUCGAUUCCGACUCGAUCUCACCUCGCUCGAUGUUCGAGGACGACUUCACGGCCGUGUCGACGCCGCGGGGCCGCGCCGCCUCUAUAGCCGAGGAGGACGAGAACGACGUCCCCCCCCUCCGCGCGAGACCUCCCCCGCACAAAGACAUCAGGAAAUCGGAAUCGAUUAACAUAUUCACUCGAGACUCGGACCCCUUCGAAGGCGAUGCGUUCUUCGCGUGCACGGGCUCCGAUCGAGUGGCCCGAAGGGAGAACUGGCCCGGAGACUUCCAAGGUUUUGAUAACGCGUGAAUCCUAAAACUAGAACUAGAUAAAUUAUGAUAGAUUCAUGAAGUGAAAUUGGUCGCCUUAGAACUGCUGAUUUGAUAUUGGAUGUUAUCGGAGUUGUGUUAUCUUUUCCGUUAUUAAGACGCUUCCUCGUUUUAAAUGUGUCUUGCCAUAUUUAUAUUUCUUGUUUCGAUCUCAUUUACGUAUACUAUACUAUUUUUAAUACUACUUACAUUUAUAUUAUUAUUUUUUAUUUUGUUUCUCAAAACAAAUCAUAACUAUUAAAAUUACCUGAUAACAUUUUGAUAUAUUUCAAUCAAAUUAACUUCGUGUUUUAUAAAUGUAUUGAUGAAUGUUUUAAAAUAAGUAUAUAUUAGGUAGCUAUAACAGUUUUUAUUCAAACGUUUUGCUGUUGUGUACCUACUAGACAAAGUGUAUAUUUAACAAGAUAUCCCGUGUAUAUAGUACCCAUAUUCCAAACUUUGUCAUGUCUCCGGCUUAAAAUUAUGUGGACAGAAAUUGCUUUAGUCAACAAUUAAAUGCAAUAUUUAUUAUCCCUUUUUGUUUUCAAACUGAGAGUCAAUCCAAAAUUUCUAUAACAAUAAAUUAGGUUUAUCCGAAACUGAUUAAAAAUUACUGAAAUCCUAUUAAAAAUC